ACCGAUUUCACGAGAUCGUUUCAAACAUUUGGGGUUUUUCAAAUCUAGAAUGGUUUUAGUUGAAUAUCGAUUCUUCACAUUGCAGUCUGGUAGUAAAAUCUCAAUAUGAAUAACUAAUAACUAAAUUUGCGCGAUUGGUAAAUAUUAAUUCCACACUCUAUUACUUACAUCAUAUGAUAUCAGCUGAAAUCACACAUUCGAUUUUGUAUAACCCAAAACAAAGAAAUAUAAAACCAUUACUAGUAUAUCGAUUUGGCAUAUCUUUGGCAAAGUGAUGGCAAGUUUUUCACUAAUUUUAAUACAUUAUUUCAGUGUAGAUAUUUCUAAAUAUUAACGAAUUAUUUUCAAUUGUCAUAUUUUAAAAACUAAAUGAUAAACAAACUUAAUCAUGUAAUUGUAUAAAAAAGCAUGUUUAACAUCACAAAUUCAAAUAAUUAGGGGAAUUGUUCCUCACACGUAUACCAUAUACACAGUGUCCAUUAAAAACAAUAAUAAAUUUCAUUAUAGAUAAGUUACAUUUUCAUCAUGAUUCCAUAAACAUACUGCACACAGAAUACAGGUCUUGGUCGUUGAAAAGUUGGUAUGCUCCAAGGGAGGUAACCGCGGUGUGCUGAACACAUCGCUGCGCGAGUCGCGCUCAAAAUAAGGCUGUCGAGAUGGUAUUUGACAAAAUCGUAAACAUGUUCCCCUUUCAACAAUCACAAGGCAUCACAUGUCCAAAUUAUGUAACUUUUGAAGACGAUUUUUGAACACAUUCUCAAAUAUUCGUGAUGCAUAUAUCUUCGUGACACAGACCUGGCCCACUUACCCGGUCACGUGGUACGUGCAACGAAAGGACGCCAUUUUCCAGCAGAAACUGUGAAUAUGAGAAAGAAAAAGAUUUAUAUUAUUCAACAUGGCCAAAGUGGGUGUUGCAGUGUUCGGCCUUGGCAAAAUGGGUAUGGUCCAUCUCAAGAACGUGAUGCAGUCCCCACGUGCAACGCUAAAAUGGAUCGUCAGAAACGAUGUAAAGGAAGCACAGAGAUUCGUAGACGCCUUUUCACUUCCAUCGAGAGUUACUUCCCCUGAUUGCCUCGACCCUGUGUUGGAAGACCCGAGUGUAGGAGCGGUCAUUAUCGCGUCCCCAUCUACUGAGCAUGCGCAGCAGAUUCAGGCUUGUCUAACAGCCAAUAAGGCGGUGCUUUGUGAGAAGCCGGUGACGCCUGACGUAGAGUCUACAGAGACUUACUACGAUUUGGCCGAGAAGAAUAACGUCCCACUCUUUUGUGCCUUCCAAAGGAGAUACGACCCGAGCUUCCGACAAAUGCAUGACCACAUCCGGUCAGAAACAUUCGGCCAACUCCGCCUACUGAAGGGUUCAAGCCACGAUGUCAGUGCUCCCUCUCCUGACUACAUCCGGACGUCAGGAGGAAUUUUCUUCGACUCCACAAUCCACGACCUUGACCUUUCUUUAUGGAUGGUAGGCUCAAAGCCAAGAAGUGUCUACGCAUGUGGAAAUGCAUUUGACCCAGAAGUCGGAAAGCUUGGUGACCUUGACCUGGUGAACGUCACCAUCAAGUAUGAAAAUGGCGUAGUGUCCAUGAUUGACAACGGCCGCGUUUCGAGUGCGGGCUACGAUCAGAGAUUGGAGGCGAAAUUUGACAACGGGAACUUGACAGUGACAAACACCAGCGUCAACCAGCUCCACUCCGCGACAUCAGCGCCACCUCUUUCACCAGGGUUUGUUGGACGUUAUGAUGAAGCGUACCAUCUAGAGCUCAAACAUUUUUUGGAUGUCUUGGAAGGUAAAACAGAUCUGGAAGUGACCAAACACGACACAUUGUCAGCCAUGAAACUUGCCCAAGCGUGCGGGGAAUCGCUGGAGAAAGGAGCGCCUGUUCUGCUCCAAUGACCUUGACCUCAACUGAUUGAGAUGACCUUGACCUCAGCUAUUUGAGAUUGCGGGUAUAAUCGGAAGAAAUCUCACUAAGCGAAACUGAUAUUAGUUUACUGUCCUUUUCAUACAAAUUAUACAAAAAUCCUGAUUUUUUUAGUGGAGUCUACUGUUUUUGAAUUUUUGAAAAUACAGACGUUUGACUUAAAUGUGGAAAAAUCCCCUUUCAUGAAUGAUCCAUACCCAGAAAUAUUAUUUUCAGUUUUGUUAGUUAGUUUUGUGACGUGCACGGCAUUGUCGACAAAUAGAAAUAUUGCCCACUGUUCCCAAGCACUAGAGUGUCUCGGAUUCUUGAAUAGAACGUAUUGCUGUUAAUAACUUUGUUUAUAUAAUUUGUAAUUACUCUUGAAUUAUGAUGUAGGAGUGAUGCGUUUCUUUGAACACCGUUUUUCACUGUAGUCCAUGUUGAUCACUUGAUUAGAAAAAUACCCAGAAAUAUCCUUGAUAAUGUUUAUACAUAUUUCUCUGUCACUUUCUUAUAGUAGACAUAUAUUUAUACUAUACGUUUCAAAAAGUAUUUUGAGUCUGUUUUAUCAUAUUGAAUACAUACAAUAAUCACUUGCAUCCAGUCGUUAUGUGAAACACGUACAUGUAUUUGCAAAAUGUGCUCUCCAUUGAUAUAAAGAAAACCCUUGCUCUUUUGGAUAAACCUAUACGUCAGCAAAUCUGUUGCAUUUUAAUAUAUGUAUUAAUCAAUUCCCAAAGAUUCAGGUCGACAAUGUUGUCUCAACAGAUAGUUGUACAGAGGAAUUUGUUUCCACUGUUUCGUUGUUGUUUGUAUUGAUCAAUAAACGACUUGUGAGGUUUUGACAUGGCCCCUUUCAUUUCCA